GCGUAGAAAUGUGGAAGAUAAGGUGAUUUGGCAUGAUACAGUAGAUGGGGUUUUCUCUGUGAAGUCUGCCUACCAUCUGACAGUCUCUCUGGAUAGGAGGGAGGGGAGUUGGAAGUCGUCAGCCAGUUGGAUGGAUAGGGCUAGUUGGAUUCGCUUGUGGAAUGCUGAUAUUCCCCCUAAGUUGAAAGUUUUUGUCUGGCAAAUUUUUAACCGGGCACUUCCAACGUCAGAGGCGCUUAUUGCGAAGAAGGUGCCUGUCCAUCCCAGAUGCCCGGUCUGCUGGGAAAGUGCAGAGACGAUGGAGCAUCUUUUCCUUGAUUGCCCGGUGGCCCGUGCCCUCUGGGGGUUCUCGGGCAUGGAACAUCUAGGGGAGGGGUUGCCUCGGCAGACUUUCCCGUUAUUUCUAAAAAGAUUGCUAGGUCUGAUCCAGUCUCCGGGGUUGUUCAUGGCGAUUGUUUGCCUCCUGUGGCGGAUUUGGCGGUCCAGGAACUGGGUUGUCUUUGAGGGUAAGCAGUUCGGUUUCCCAGCGUUGAUGCGUCAAUUCCAUCAACAGUAUGAGGAAUGGGUUAGCCUAUCGCCAGCGGUAGGAGCACGGCAGGCCAGGUCUCCUAGAGUCUCUGUGGGGGGUGAUAGCAGGGUGGUUUGUAUGUGGGAUGGGGCCACAAAAUUGGGCUCACAUUCGGCUGGUGGGAUGGUCCUUAUGACUCCAGCAAGGGGGAUCAUGUUGGUGAAGGGUUAUCAGCUCCAGGGGAUUGAUGAUCCAAUGGUGGUUGAGUUGUUGGUGCUGCGCGAGGCGAUCGUCUGGUGUCUUGAGCUUGGAGUGGUGGAUGUCCGUUUGGAGGGGGAUGCUAAAGUGCUCAUUGAUAAAAUCAACAGGGCGGAUGCUAGAAGCAAUAGGGUAGGGGCGGUGCUUGAAGAGAUUAUGUACUAUGUUAACGCCCAUCCUGGCUUGGAUAUUCGAUUUGUAGGUCGGAGGAACAAUAGGGUAGCUCAUUUGGUGGCUAGAAAGGCCCUUUCUUUGUACCCGGCUAUGAGUCGUUAUUUUGAUUUUCGGGCCUGGCUUAGCUCCAGGAUGUAACUAUUGUCUUGAUAUCAAUAUAUGAUUACCUUUUGUCAAAAAAAAAAAAAAGAAUUUCUAGUGUUAGCUAUCCAAAAUCCAGACUAGGAGAUUCAUCGAAAAAAAAAUACCAGACUAGGAGUAUACACAAAUAGGUAAGAGAUGGAGAAAAUAUUGUGAAAUCUAUUUUUUCUUCUUUUUUGGGUAAGGAACAAAAUUAAUGAAUAAUAAUAAUUUUUCUCGUGAAAUCUAUUUUAUCUUCUUCUUUUUUUGGGUAAGGAACAAAAUUAAGGAUUAAUAAUAAUAAUUUUAUUUCUAGUGUUGAAAAGGGGGAAAGAAAUUCCAGAUUCUAGA